CCCGCCUACUAGAAUGCCGUGAAGGAAGUCUGUUUCGGGCUCACUGCUGGACUGCAUUCCCUAGUGUCAGGAAUUUAAAGGUGUAUAGCGGCACCAAGCACUUCGGAGGCGAUAGCUUUACUCUUAAUGCCUGUGUCUCAACGUCGACUUUCUGGAUUAGCAGAAUUGUAUUACAGAAUCAACAAGACCAACCAGCUGUCUGGCUGCAGCGUUUUGGAGCCGGCUAAAGACCCCAGGUGUUUCCUUUCCUAGUUCUCUCUUACAAUAACUUAACGAACCGACUGGUCUCGGGAUACCCCGUUCUUUGGCAUUACACCCCGAAUUUCAUAACAUAAUGAUUCUGCUUGCAUGACUCCCAAAUCCGACUGAAGGUACUGGGGCUGGCUAUUUAAGCCGUUCUGGGUGUGAGCCGCAGUCCUUUGUGGACCCCCUCCCCCUUUGAAUCCCCUCCCCAUCCCUCUGCUGUUCGGAUCACACUGUAGGCGACUGGGACUUGGGGGAAGUGGGAUAUUGCAUAAUAAGUUGAAACUGUUUUCUUUUUUUUUGGCUCAGUGGAGUGUUUCGAACUCAGAUCGGGAGCUGUUUAACAAACUUUACUACUCAUAGGAGCCCCUGAUGGUGAUGGAGCUGGAAAAUAUUGUUGCAAACACCGUGCUGUUGAAAGCAAGAGAAGGAGGUGGCGGAAAACGCAAAGGAAGGAGUAAAAAGUGGAGAGAAAUUCUCAAAUUCCCACAUGUCAGUCAAUGUGAAGAACUACGAAAGAACUUAGAGCGAGAUUAUCACAGUUUAUGCAAUAAACAGCCUAUCGGGCGCCUGUUAUUUCGUCAGUUCUGUGAGACUAAACCAGAGCUACAGCGCUGCAUCCACCUUCUUGAUUCUUUGGAGGAAUAUGAAAUAACGACAGAUGAACGACGGAAAGAAUGUGGAAAUUACAUCAUUAAAAGAUUUCUGGACUCAAAGUCUCCAGACUUUGUGCCAGAGAUUAAUGAUUCCCAUAUCACACAGUGCCCAGAAGACCUUGAUAAAAGUCCAUGCAAGGAGCUCUUCUCUACCUGUUUGAAGGCUCUCCAUGAUUUUCUCAGUGGUACUCCCUUUGCAUUGUAUCAGCAGAGCAUGUACUUCGACAGAUUUCUCCAGUGGAAACAUUUAGAGAGGCAGCCAGUCACAAAAGAUACCUUUCGGCAGUACAGGGUACUGGGGAAAGGAGGCUUCGGAGAGGUGUGUGCUUGCCAGGUCCGGGCGACUGGAAAGAUGUAUGCCUGCAAGAAAUUAGAGAAAAAAAGAAUAAAAAAGAGGAAAGGAGAAGCCAUGGCUCUCAAUGAGAAGCAAAUUUUGGAGAAAGUGAUUAGCAGAUUUGUAGUUAGUUUAGCAUAUGCCUAUGAAACAAAAGAUGCACUUUGCCUGGUUCUGACAAUAAUGAAUGGUGGGGACUUGAAGUUUCACAUCUACAAUAUGGGGAACCCUGGCUUUGAAGAGGAGCGGGUUGUGUUUUAUGCUGCUGAGAUCUGCUGUGGCUUGCAUCAUCUACACAAAGAAGGAAUUGUAUAUCGGGAUUUAAAGCCAGAGAACAUCUUGCUGGAUGACGAUGGGCAUAUCAGGAUAUCAGAUCUGGGAUUAGCCAUUAAAAUUCCUGAAGGUGAAACCAUUCGAGGACGUGUGGGCACUGUUGGCUACAUGGCUCCCGAAGUCAUAAAGAAUGAGUCGUACACCUUCAGUCCUGAUCUAUGGGGGCUGGGUUGUCUGAUCUAUGAAAUGACUGCUGGCCAUUCACCUUUUCGUGCUCGGAAGGAGAGGGUGAAGCGGGAAGAAGUGGAGAAGAGAGUGCAGGAAGAAAAUGAAACGUAUUCUAUAAAAUUCAGUGAAGAAGCAAAGUCAAUUUGCAGAAAUUUAUUGGCGAAAGACCCUAGGCAGAGACUUGACUGUCUGGCUGUGAAACAGCAUCCUUUCUUCAGGAACAUCAACUUCAAAAGGCUGGAGGCUGGCAUGCUGACACCACCAUUUGUGCCAGAUCCUCGAGCUGUGUACUGCAAGGAUGUUUUAGAUAUUGAACAAUUUUCAACAGUAAAAGGGGUGAACCUGGACCAAACAGACAAUGAUUUCUAUGUCAAAUUUAGCACUGGCAGUGUUUCAAUCCCUUGGCAAAAUGAGAUGAUUGAAACAGAUUGUUUCAAAGACCUGAAUGUAUUUGGACCAAAUGGUACUCGAUCUCCAGACCUGGACUGGAAACAACUUCAGGAGCCUCCCAAACGUAAUUUUUUUUACAGACUCUUCCGACGACAUCAUCAAGAAAAUGCUGUUGGUUCUAGCAGCACAAACCCGAAUGUUGCAUUGAAUAUGAACUCUCACAGUACCACUACAAACUCUACUGUUGUUGGACAGACUGCAUCAACAAAGUCAUGAUGACAUCUGAAGGAUUUUAAAGACAGUAUUACAGCUGUAACUGUACAAGUAUAUAGACAAAGAUAUAUAAAGUUCCAUGGAACAUUUUUCUGCCCUAUCAUCACCUCACGUAUUUUUCUCAGGUUUCUCUCAGAUGUGAAGUUCAACAUCUUGAAAGAUGGCAAAACUAUGAACUGUCUCAUUGCUGUCUUUUUAACAUUGUGUCAUAUAAACAUGUAACAUUGCAACAUAUAUACAUAUAUAUUUUUUUAAACAGAAUUCUGCUAUUGGAUUGAAGUCAUUUUGGAUUCUCAGGCUAAAAAAAAAGAAAAAUUUAUGGACAGUAAGUAAUUUAAAAUAUGUUAAAAAUGUUCUUUUUUUAUUUUGAGUGAGAGGCCAAAGUGAACUAAAUUUAAUUAAAUGUAAAUUUUUUUCUAAAAGGGUAUUGUAUUGCUGCAUUUUGAUGAAAUUCUGUGUGCAAUUUGUGUGGCUGCCUUUUUGAUCUGUUGCCCAACCAAAAUAUCGUAGGCACUAUUCUCAGAAA